AAUUUCUUUUAAUCCCCUUCGAAAUCCCCAAUUCUCGAUCUCGUCGUUCUCUCCUGUCACCGGCACAGAAUUGCGUUCUACUUCGUUGCAUUGGAAUGGAAUCAAAGAUAACGAGCGCGUCGACUCCAACAAAGCCUUCCUUCUGCUUGAAAUGGCCAUGGGAUUCAAACAAACAACAGAAAUCUCAAAGCGUCUGCGACUUCCAAGGACCGUGGCUUUUCAGAUCUAUGCAAAGUGUUGGUUCAAUUGCUCUCAGCUCCUUGAACUCAUUCGGUUUUGGUCAUGGGGUCACUGGACCAAAGAAGAAGCCACUAAGUGGAUUUGAGCAAGGAGAAGCAGAGCAGAGGGCUUUUGCAGCUGCGUUAGCGAGCGAGAAAGUGGCUACAGUACUUGAAUUCUACUCACCCAAAUGCAGACUCUGCAAUUCUCUGCUCAACUUUGUCUUGGAGGUAGAGAAAAGGAACUCAAAUUGGCUCAGCAUUACUAUGGCAGAUGCAGAGAAUGAGAAAUGGUUUCCUGAGCUUCUCCACUAUGACAUAAAGUAUGUUCCUUGCUUUGUUUUGCUGGACAAGAACGGACAAGCGUUGGCCAAAACAGGAGUUCCAAGUAGUCGUGCACAUGUCAUCGCCGGUAUCUCUCAUCUUCUCAAGAUGAAGCGACCACCCUCUGCGUAGUUUGAGACCAUGGCUUUGAUUCUAGCGUUCACUUGUUGGAAUGUAAAACAUGUUAUGUAUAAAAAAAAGUAAAAAACUGAGAAUCUAAUUAUUUUUAUCGUUAUUUUGCUAAAACGUGUUUUUUCCCAAGUUUUCGUUAACCAUAAUUUAUUGUAGUUUACUAAAACC